AUGGGAACAAACGAUAAAGACCAACCAAAGUGUCCGAUAGACACAUCAUCAUCAAUUACCUCAUGGUUUUGGAAAACCAAACAAGAACCACCAAAAGAUAUUUCCGCAUGUCCAGUUGACCACCAUACGACCAUUUCAAAACCAAUAGCCACCAACACCAUCACAACCGAUGACCAACCGGUAUGUCCAGUAGACCACAAUACUCGAUCAGCAUGGAUCAAGAACGUUUCAGUCUCAGUCACCACCCCAAAUGAAGCCGUCGAAAUCCCUUCUUCUUGGCUAUAG